AUGUUGCAAAAAAGUAAAAACAAGAUAGCAUCCUUUCCUAAAAAGUCUCCAAGCUCAGCAGGUGAGUGCAGUGAAAGAAUGUCAAACUACCUACUCAACUUUGAUAAGCAAGGUCCUACUAGUACCCAAAAUGCAAAUUAUCCGGUAAAUAUCAAUGGUAUAUUAAGAGAUAUUCCCCAAGACUUCCAAGAUGCUGCAACCAGAAUAGCUAAUGAAGAAAAUAAUGACACUAAUUAUUAUGCUAAAAUUAGUCCUCCACCAACUCAAAAUGGACCCUAUAACCUCCAGCCUACCCAAAAUAGAACUUACCACCCACGACAAACACCUAAUGGCAGUCAACCAAGAGAUGUUAAUUAUUGUAACCUAUAUGACAAUGAAGCUGAGGAAAAGGUAUACAUGUCUACACAGCAUCACCAUCAACCUUACACCACUAAUAGAAAGGAGAGACUCGAAAAGAGGACAGAGGCGAAUUGGGAUGAACGAUUAUGUAGCAGAGUAAUCCAGGAACCAAGCCAAGAGGCACAACCAACCCAACUUAUCUCCAUGAAAGUAAUUGAUGAAGAACAAACACUGGCCCAACCUCAACAAGCCAGAGAAGAUAAAAUAGGACUACCUCAAGACUAUGGUAGCGAUGAGGACAACUUCUUUGAUAACUAUGAAGAGGAAGAUAUUGAAGAAGUCGAAAGCUACCAUACCGAUGAUACCUUAUCAGAAGGAGAAGAGUUAUACACCAAUUCAUGGGAAGAUGUCUAUAGCCUGGCAAUAUAUUUAACAACUUUAGAGGAAAUUCCAACCUCUGAGGAGCCUAAAGAGAUUCCAAGAAAUAAAAAUUGCUCUCAGAACUCAGAAAACCCAGGUUAUAACACCGAAGAAAAUGAAAAAUGUUGGACUGAAAAGGAAAAUUAUUACUGCAACACCAUCAAUGAAUGGUUAGAAAAGAAGAAAACCCUAACAUCCAAAGAACCUGGUAAAGCAAAUAGGGCAAAAUUUAUAAAAAAACAACUAAAGCUGCCCUACUGGGAACCCCAUCAUGAACAAACUCAAGCAGCACAAGUUGGAAAUGAGUUAGAAAAAAAAAUGGAUAAUCAAAAAACAAUGAUAGAUAUAAAUGGAUACUUAACUGAACUAACUGAUAAAGAUGAAAUAGAAUGGAUUCCUACUGUACAUGAGGAAGAAAUAAAUCCCACUGGUUAUAAGAACCUAAAUGAAUUCGUAUCAUGGAGAACUAGAGACAGAAGUUAUAUCAAAACUGAAAAAUUUUGGGCAAAUAUUGGAAAUUACUACUAUGACUCAGAAGUAGAUGAGAGGAAUGAUGAUGAUGAGGAUAGUAGUAAAGAGCCCAUAACCACCCCUAACGAAUACUGGCAAGACCCUUAUGAAGAGGUACCAAAUAUCCAAGAAAUGUAUGACCUCGAGGAAAUGAAAGAACUUAAUGCUGAUGACUAUAAAACUGUAAGACCAAACAUACCUCCAAGUGAUCAAGAAUCCUGCGAAACCUGGUAG